AUGAGUUUUAGUGCAUUGUCUUUGAGAGCGCAAGCUAGACCUUUGUUGGCUUUGAGUGCCCGCCAAGCUCCAAUUGGUGUGCGUUAUAUGUCUACUCCUGCUCCUCAGGACCCAAAAUCCAAGGCCACUUCCAUCCUUGACGCUUUGCCAGGUAACAAUUUCUUGUCGAAGACCGGUAUCUUGGCCACUUCGACCGCAGCCGCGAUUUACGCUAUAUCCAACGAGCUUUACGUUAUCAACGACGAAACCAUUUUGCUCGGUACUUUCACCGGUUUCGGAAUUAUCGUCGCCAAGUUCUUGGCUCCAGCCUACAAAGAUUUUGCCGACGCGAGAGUGAAGCAGGUCUCUGACGUUUUGAACGCUUCCAGAACGAGACACGUGGACGCUGUCAAGCAAAGAAUCGAAUCUGUCUCUGAAUUGCAAAACGUUUCCGAAACCACUAAAGUUUUGUUCGACGUUUCCAAGGAAACCGUCGAAUUGGAGGCCAAGGUCUUUGAAUUGAAACAAAAAGUCGAACUUGCUGCUGAAGCCAAGUCUGUCCUAGACUCCUGGGUCAGAUACGAGGCCUCUGUGCGUCAGCUACAGCAAAAACAACUGGCAGAGGGUGUCAUUGCCAAAGUCAAGGCCGAAUUGUCCAACCCAAAGUUCCAGGACAAAGUUUUGCAACAGUCUGUCUCUGACGUCGAAAAACUGCUUGCCAGCUUGAAAUAA